AAUUACGUACAAAUGGUAUUCAAAAAACUUCUGUUUAUUCUUCGUCGGCUAAUAAUAUAAUUAAUGCUACUAAAGGACAAUCAGCUACACGUCGAUCACAUUUAUUUACAAAUAAUCGUGUUCAACCAACUACUGAACGUAAUUUUGGAGCACAUUUACCAUCAAUUCGAGAUGCAGCUGGUCCUGUUGAACGACAAAAUCAAUUUUAUGAUGGUCUACAAACAACUCCUCGUUCUAAAACUCCUUUAACAAAUACUAGUCCAAAAAGUCUUGGUCGUCCUGCAUCUGGAUCAAUGUCAUCAAUAUUUAAUACACUUGCAAAACGAUCAACAGAAAAUUUUAUGACUUCAAAUGGUGACAUUGAUGAAUUAAUAUUACCAUCUAGUCAUCAAUCACGACGACCAACCAAUGAAAGUAAUAAAUAUGGAACUGGUAAUAAUCAAACGACAACUAUAAAAGAAACAAUACCAUCUCAAAAACAUUCAAUUGAUAAUGGAGGUGAUAAUCGAUAUUCAAUAAAUCCAUAUGAUAACAAUCAACAACAACAACAGCAGCAGCAUGGUUCAAUAUUAUCAAAUAGAAUUCGAUCAGCAGUACCAAAUGUACACGUUGAAGUUCCUUAUGUCAAUGAAACAAUCACAAAAGAACGAACAAAUACUGGUCAACUUUAUCAACGACGUACAAAUAAUAAUAUUAAAGCACCAAUUAAACAAAAAAUAGAUAAAUUUCGUCGUCGUUCAGAAGAAGUAACACAUGCUACGAAUGGAAAUAUAUUAACAGUAACAGCAAAUGUCGGUUUAUCUGCUACAACACCAACAUUAGCUAGUCUAACAUCAACUCAUUUAAAACCACCACCACCAUCUCCAAUACCGGUUCGUCGUGUUACGUCAGAUGGUGAAAUUCAAAAUCGUAUAGAUGUUCUUCGUUUAUCUAUGAAUUCAAAUCUUGUUCAAAUUGAUCAACAACAACGACAACAACAACAACAACAACCACAACAUCAAAAUUCUCGUAAUCGUCUUAAAUCUCCAUAUUUAUAUUCUACACAUCAACAACUAGCUCCACCACCAACUCCACAAGUAAUUCUUCGUCGUAGUCAAUUAAAUUCUAAUGAUACAAAUAUUCAACAUCGUCAAAAUAAUGCUAUUAAUUAUCGUCGAUUACAACAAUCAUCUGUAAAACAAUCAACAAAUACUAAUCAAGCUAGUCUUUAUUUAGCAUUUAUAGCAUCACGUCGUUUAUCAUCAUUAGAAGAUGCACAAUUUGAACAUGAUAUAGAUCAUACAAAAUUAUUAAGUAUUUUUUCUUGGCUUAAAAAUGUUGAAGAACAUCGUCAUCAACAAUUAAAUCAUGAUAAAUUAAUAAUUGAACAAAAUCAACGUAUGUUAAAUCAAGAAGAUGAUUUAUCAUUAUAUUCUGAAAUACAAUAUGCUGUUGAUGAUAUACCAGCAAAUACAAGUGGAAAACCAUGUGAAAAAAUUGCUACUAUGCAAUUUGAAGAUUAA